GAUUGGUCCACUCGUACCUAGAGUGCUCUUCUGCCGCCUCGUUUUCCGGGAAGCCGGUCCCCGAGCACCGGGCUCUCGCAGCUCCCAAGCCCCCAAGCCCCGGAGCCCCGGAGCCCCGGAGCCCCGGAGGUUCGGGGCUCGAGUCGAAGUCGAGGCCUGAACUUGUUCGAGCCCCGGUACCUGGAGAUGUGCCGAAGGUUGGCGGCGGACCCCCGGUUCCUCUUCAUGCCCAACUUCCAGGACUACCACUGCCGGCCCGGGGACGUGGGCUUCGUGGUGCGGCUCACGGGGCUUUGGCCCCAGGCGCGGGGCCGCGCCUUUGGCGUGCAGGGCUUCGCUGAGCGCCUGGUGGCGGUCGCCUGCAGCUGGGAAGAGCCGGACACAGAGGGCCUCCACUGUGCGCAGUUUUGGGCUUUGGAUCCCAAGAAGGCGCCUCUCCAGGAGCAGGAGUUCUGGGCACUGCUGCAAGCGAUGAAACAGUCAGGGUGGCAGAUGGACCCCGAGUCCUUCUCGAGGCUGCACUUCAGCCACCUCCAGGUGCCGGGCACGGAUGUGCUCUUCAGCUCCAACUGGCAAAACCAGACCUUUGUGCUGGCCUUCCUCGCCAGUCCGGAGGCUGAGAGGUGUUUCGUGGACACUUGGCUGGCGGCGCAGCCGGCGCUCGCGGCGCCGCGUUUGUCUGGGCCUGCGUUCCUGGAGGCGCUGCAGCGCUUCCCGGGCCUGGCCAAAGGCGUCCCGCUGGACGAGGUCAUGGCCGAGAUGCGUCAGUUCGUGGCGGCGGAUCCGGAAGCGCUCCGGAGCCUGCUGUGCCUGGCGGAAGGAGAUGACUUGGCCAAGAGGGACCCACUCAGAGUCCCGCAGGAGCUCUGGAGGCAACUCUUGGCGCGUCUGCGCCUGGCCCGGGUGGAGAACAUGCCGGCGAGGAUGGACACGGCGCGGCUGGAGCUGGGCCUACUGGACGGCCCAGGUGGGUUGGAGAUCUCCAGGUCGGAAGCAUGCCCAAAGACCAUCGGCGUGCUGAUGACCAACGGCCGGAAUGUCGAGCUGUGGUCGCGACCGGAGGACGUGGAGGUGACGGAGGAGUCUGCCAGAAGCGCGCUCAUGGAGCUGAAUUGGAAGCUGAACAGGCUGCGGCUCGCGGUGGUGCAGCGCGCGCGGCGCCAGCACCUGCGGCCCUUGGCCUUGUUGGAGGAUGAUGCUGCCUAUUUGGUGUUCAGCUUCGUCGCGGAGCGCCCGCCGAGCGACGAGUGACCGAAAGGGGCAGCGCUCGGCUCGGGGAUUUUCCGAUGAGAGGACGGGGUGUGGCUCGAAGAGCACGUGGGAACCCCAGCAAUGGUGGAGUGGUC